AUGUCCGAAUCUGGUAGCCUGACGAGGCAACAGCUUCAGCACCAAGCGGAAUUCGUCAUAAAGGGCCUCAAACGUUUGGCCGAGUAUGACUACCAUCUGGGAAUCACUGAUACCCCGGCAGAUCUAUCUAUCGACCGGCUGCACUGCUCCCGUCGGCUCAUUCGGGCAUUCUCGCUGCCACAAGAGGACCAACGAAGUCGCGCAGGAAAUUCAUUCCCCGCUGCCCUUCGUUCGAUCGACGGAGCCAUGAGGUGGUCAAGCGCAUCUGAACUAGACAUCGUCUGUAAAGGUUUGGAAAAACAUGUGGCGGAAAUCGAUCGGCUCUUGGACGUCCUGAUCGUCAUGGCCAAUCCAGAAAACGACGAAGACAUGCGCACUCCACUAGUCAUACGGCUCGCUCAAUCUAUCAGCUCGAAAAAUCUCAAAAUCUCUCAGUUGUUUAGUGGCUCAGUUGAAAGCGCCUUUCGAACACCCUGCGAGAAACUCAAGUGGUCACCUCAAUGA